AUGAUUAAUGUGGAUGAGAGUCAACGUGACUUGCAAAGAAUUGUAUGGAAAAAUUCUAAAAGUGAAGAGGUCAAGACUUAUAGGUUAUGUACGGUAACAUAUGGUACAACAAGCGCACCAUACCUCGCCAUGAGAUGUCUCAAGCAGUUAAAUGUAGAUGGGGAACAGCAGUAUCCAAAAGCUUCAACCAUUGUGAAGUCAGACUUCUAUAUGGACGAUGUUCUGACCGGAGCGGCGGAUUUAGAGACCGCGAAGGAUCUUAAAGGGGAAAUUAUAGAACUGUUAGGAAGUUGUGGAAUGCAUCUUCACAAGUGGUGCGGCAAUCAUCCAGAGUUGAUUGAUAAAUCAUCAGAUGCAGAUUGCUACGAUUUUGAUAAGCUGGGUGACACGAAAACUUUAGGACUGUUAUGGAAAUCACAGAAUGAUGUUUUUGCUUUUAAUUUAUCCUGUGAAGAUCAGCCUAAAGUUACGAAAAGAACUGUCUUAUCUAAAAUUGCGAGGAUAUUCGAUCCAUUGGGAUUGCUUGGCCCCAUAGUAACAAAAGCUAAAAUUCUUCUUCAGCGCUUAUGGAAGUUACAAGUAGACUGGGAUGAAUCUCUUCCUAAAAAAGAAACUGAAGAAUGGCUUCGGUUUAUUCAUGCCCUGAAGAAAAUUAGUAACGUUUACGUCGACAGAUAUGUUCUGACUGAAACUCCAGUUGUCAAGACAAUUGUCGGCUUUUCCGAUGAUUCAGAAUGUGCUUAUGGAGCUUGCGUUUAUAUUGUUUCGUCCAAUGCAAGAAACUCAUCCUGCUCCAAAUUACUCUGCAGCAAAAGCAGAGUUGCUCCAAUUAAAACCAUUACAGUUCCACGGCUGGAAUUGUGUGCAGCAGUGCUAUUAGCGAAGUUGGUGACAAAAGUGCUAAGAGUUCUCAACUUAAUGGAUAAUUUGAUUUACUUAUACUCUGACAGUACUAUAGUGCUAGCGUGGCUUCAAAGAUCACCAUGCGAGUUAAAAACUUUUGUUGCUUCACGAGUAGCUACAAUUCAGAGAUUGACAGAUAUCAAUCACUGGUUUCACGUAAAAUCGGAGGAGAAUGCGGCUGAUUUGGUAUCGCGUGGUUUGGACCCCGAACAAUUGAUAGAUAAUGACUUUUGGUUUAACGGUCCACCUUUUCUAAAGCAGGACACUCCUAAUUUUCCUUUCGAUCAUGAAAAUGUGGAACUUGAUGAUGAAUCUUAUCUAAAAGAGAUUAAAUGUUUGACUGUUGAAAACCAACCUACUAUAGUGUUUAUUCAUAAUUUAGAAAGUAAAGAUAAUAGAUUAACUGGAGUUCUCACUUCAAAAGAAAUAUGUGAUGCUGAAAUUUUAGUUAUUAAAGCAGCACAAGUAUCUUUAAAUGAUAAGUGUAAAACAAAAAGGGCAGCUAGCAUGAGUUUAUAUGCUGCUAGCUUACAUAAUAAUAGCAUGGCAAGCUAUGUACAAGCAUCAUAUGCUAACUAG